AUGGACGGCAAGAGACACCCAAGCUCGUUCCAGCAGCUCGAGAAGCUUGGCGAGGGCACCUAUGCUACCGUGUUCAAAGGUCGUAACCGGCAGACUGGAGAGCUUGUCGCUCUCAAAGAAAUCCACUUGGACUCGGAAGAAGGCACCCCGUCGACGGCGAUAAGAGAGAUCUCGCUCAUGAAGGAGCUGAAGCACGAGAACAUUGUCGCCCUCCACGAUGUGAUCCACACCGAGAAUAAGCUGAUGUUGGUGUUUGAAUACAUGGAUGGAGAUCUUAAGAAAUACAUGGACACCCAUGGCGAUAGAGGCGCCCUCAAGCCUCAUCAGAUCAAGUCGUUCAUGUAUCAACUGCUGAGAGGCAUCGACUUCUGCCACCAGAACAGAGUUUUACAUCGAGACCUGAAGCCUCAGAAUCUCCUAAUUAACGGCAAGGGACAGCUGAAGCUUGGCGAUUUCGGCCUUGCUCGUGCCUUCGGCAUUCCCGUCAACACGUUCUCGAACGAGGUGGUCACGUUGUGGUAUCGCGCACCAGAUGUCCUUUUGGGCAGCAGAACGUACAACACCAGCAUUGACAUCUGGUCUGCGGGAUGUAUCAUGGCGGAAAUGUACACCGGCAGACCACUGUUCCCUGGCACAACAAACGAGGACCAGAUUAUUCGUAUCUUCCGCAUCAUGGGAACCCCAACCGAACGAACCUGGACUGGCAUUACGCAAUUCCCCGAGUACAAACCCACUUUCCAGAUGUACGCCACUCAAGACCUUCGUCAGAUUCUUCCUCAGAUCGAUCCUACUGGCAUCGAUUUGCUCCAACGAAUGCUGCAGCUACGCCCCGAACUUCGCAUCAGUGCUCACGAAGCCCUCAAGCACCCCUGGUUCAACGAUAUCGUCAUGCAACAGCAUCAGCAGCAAGCUUUGCAAGCACAAGCUAGAGCCUACCCGGGACAAGGGUCUUACGAAAAUUACUGA